AUUGCGGUGGUGUUUGUGCUAUUGUGUAUGUCGCAGGUCCGUAAAUUUAGUGUCAUAUCAAUCUAAACAUUCCAAAAGAGUGUCAAUUAUUUGUUUUAACUCUAUAAUUAAUGUAAAAAGUUUGAUGGGCUUAGAACUAGCAAGUAACUUGUGGAAGAGAUAUUCCUUGGUGGUCAUAGUUCCAUCAUUUUUUUUUUACUGCAUAUACGCAGACUACUCUCGUACUCAGAGGUGGAAAGCUAGCUUGGCUUUAAAGAAUCAAGAAGUCCAGUAAAUAUGAAGAUCAUAACGAAAGACAUCAAAGUGAUCAAGUCCCAAUUUCGUAAAAAUUAUCUGUUGAUGCUGAUUCCCUUAGCUGGUAUGUUUAUUGGUCAUCAACUAGAUAAGAUUGAAGACGAAAGAAUGUCAAAGUUUAGAGACAAGACAGCUCUUUACAAACGAGAUGUACCACCAGCAAAGCCAUCAUGGUAACCAAAGCCUAUUCAUAAGUCUUCUAACAUCUCAAAAGACAUGUUACCCAUAGUUAAUUUUAUUUAAUAAAAAAAAAAAAAAAAAAAAAAAAA